GAGAAAUUCGACAGCUUCAAAUAGGCAGCUAUUUCGUGUAAAUUUAAACGGACCAACUAUUAAUUUGACCGAGUACACGUUCUUGAUGAUCCAAACAACCACUGCAUGCAAAACGAGAAGACAGUCGAAGGAGAAGCGCAGAUUAACGCUAAAACAUUUGGUUUACACAUACUGAUGUGACUCCCCCCUCCCCUUUUGUGGUGAUGAGCAACAGUCAUCCUCUGCGUCCGUUGGGGUCGGUGUCAGAAAUCGAUCAUGUUCACCUGCUGUCGGAACAACUGGGCGCUCUGGUGCCCGGUGAGGAUUAUAGUGACGUCACCUUCAUCGUGGAGGAGAAACGAUUUCCCGCCCACAGGAUCAUAUUAGCCGCACGAUGCCAGUAUUUCAGAGCACUGCUGUAUGGUGGGAUGAAAGAGUCUCAGCCUCAAGCGGAGGUAUGUUUGGAGGACACGCGAGCAGAGGCCUUCUCCAUGUUACUACACUACCUGUACACAGGCCGAGCCAGCCUCAGCUCAGCCCGCGAGGAGGUUCUGCUGGACUUUCUGGGCCUUGCUCACCGCUACGGCCUUCAGCCCCUUGAGGACUCCACCUCAGAGUUUCUUCGCACGGUGCUUAACACACACAACGUCUGUUUGGUCUUUGACGUAGCCAGUCUGUACUCUCUUAGCGCACUGAGCGCAGCCUGCUGUGCCUACAUGGAUCGCCACGCGCCUGAAGUUUUAGCCUCAGACGGAUUCCUCACACUCUCUAAGACGGCUCUGCUCAAUGUCGUCAGGAGAGACUCGUUUGCUGCAAGUGAGAAGGAGAUCUUCCAGGCUCUCUGCCGCUGGUGUCGACAGAACAGUGAGGGUGACUCCACACAGGAGGUGAUGUCAGCGGUGCGCCUGCCACUCAUGACUCUGACGGAGAUGCUGAAUGUGGUUCGUCCGUCGAACCUGGUGAGCCCAGAUGACCUGCUGGAUGCCAUCAAAACCCGCUCCGAGAGCCGAGACAUGGACCUGAACUACCGCGGGAUGCUCAUCCCUGAGGAGAACAUUGCCACCAUGAAGUACGGAGCCCAGGUGGUAAAGGGAGAGCUGAAGUCUGCGCUGCUGGACGGAGACACGCAGAACUACGACCUGGACCAUGGGUUCUCUCGCCAUCCCAUCGAGGAGGACGGACGUGCUGGGAUCCAGGUCAAACUGGGGCAAGCGUUCAUCAUCAACCACAUACGGAUCCUUCUCUGGGACCGCGACAGCCGGUCGUACUCUUAUUACAUCGAAGUGUCUAUGGACGAGCUGGACUGGGUCCGUGUUGUGGAUCACUCGAAGUUCCUGUGCCGAUCCUGGCAGAACCUCUACUUCCCAGCCCGAGUGUGCAGGUAUGUGCGCAUUGUGGGGACGCACAACACGGUCAACAAGGUCUUCCAUCUGGUGGCUUUCGAGUGCAUGUUCACACAUCGACCCUUCACACUGGAGAAGGGUCUUCUUGUGCCGACCGAGAACGUGGCCACCAUCGCAGCGUGUGCGAGCGUGAUCGAGGGCGUCAGCCGCAGCAGAAACGCCUUGCUCAACGGAGACACGAGAAACUACGACUGGGACUCAGGCUACACCUGUCACCAGCUGGGCUCGGGAGCCAUCGUCAUUCAGCUCGCUCAGCCGUACACUCUCAGCUCCCUCAGGCUCCUUCUGUGGGACUGUGAUGAGCGUUCCUACAGCUACUACAUUGAAGUUUCCACAAAUCAGCAGCACUGGACUAAAGUGGUGGACCGCACCAAAGUGGCCUGCCGGUCUUGGCAGACUCUGCGAUUUGAAAAGCAGCCUGCCUCUUUCAUACGUAUUGUAGGUACACACAACACUGCAAAUGAGGUCUUCCACUGUGUGCAUUUUGAGUGUCCAGCUCAGUUGGACACAGAGGUCAAAGAGGGCAGCCCUGGACACACGUCCCCCGAUGCCAGCUCCUCGCAGCAGACACGACCCCCCCGCCCUUCGCGCACCCACAGCUUGCUGCCCUCUUCCUCAUCCUCUUCAUCCUCCAACACCCAACACUGAGGAGGUGCAACGCUGGCCUUUGAAUGUUGGGGGGGGGGAAGACAAAUGUUUUGUUCAUAGUCUCUCAAGACAUCACUGGCAAAACUACAUGACGCUGCUAAGCUUCAUUUGAGCUUCAUUUCUUAUGGGGGGGG